CUGGGCAGCACCCCGGAUCCUGAGCCCCCCACAGGCUGAAGCGUUGCCAGCAUUCCAUGCUGUAGGCGAGUGUGCAGAUGGGAUUACCGUCCACAUGGAGAUAUGGAAGAGGACGGGGCAUCGGCACCAUAACCAUGGUCAGCUGGGGGCGCUUCAUCUGCCUGGUUGUGGUCACCAUGGCAACCUUGUCCCUGGCCCGGCCCUCCUUCAAUUUAGUUGAGGAUGCCACAUUAGAGCCGGAAGAGCCACCAAGCAAAUACCAAAUCUCCCAACCAGAAGUGUACGUGGCCGCCCUGGGGGAGUCGCUAGAGUUGCGCUGCCUUUUGAGAGAUGCCACCCCGAUCAGUUGGACUAAAGAUGGGGUGCACUUGGGGCCCAGCAAUAGGACAGUGCUUAUUGGGGAAUACUUGCAGAUAAAAGGUGCCACGCCUAGAGACUCCGGCCUCUAUGCUUGCACUGCCGCUAGGACUCUAGACAGUGAGACUGUCUACUUCACGGUGAAUGUCACAGAUGCCAUCUCGUCCGGAGAUGAUGAGGACGACAGUGAUGGCUCCGAGGAUUUCGUCAGCGAGAGCAGUAACAAGCGAGCGCCCUACUGGACCAACACAGAGAAGAUGGAAAAGCGGCUACACGCUGUUCCGGCGGCCAACACAGUCAAGUUCCGCUGCCCAGCAGGGGGGAACCCAACCCCGACCAUGAGGUGGCUGAAAAACGGGAAGGAAUUUAAGCAGGAACAUCGCAUUGGAGGCUACAAGGUCCGCAACCAGCACUGGAGCCUCAUUAUGGAGAGUGUGGUCCCGUCCGACAAAGGAAAUUACACCUGUGUGGUCGAGAACGAAUAUGGCUCCAUCAACCACACCUACAACCUCGAUGUUGUGGAGCGGUCGCCUCACCGGCCCAUCCUCCAGGCCGGACUGCCCGCCAACGCCUCCGCGGUGGUCGGCGGCGACGUGGAGUUCGUCUGCAAAGUGUACAGCGACGCCCAGCCCCACAUCCAGUGGAUCAAACACGUGGAAAAGAACGGCAGCAAAUACGGACCCGACGGGCUGCCCUACCUCAAGGUCCUCAAGGCUGCCGGUGUUAACACCACGGACAAAGAGAUUGAGGUUCUCUAUAUUCGGAAUGUAACUUUUGAGGAUGCUGGGGAAUAUACGUGCUUGGCGGGUAAUUCUAUUGGGAUCUCCUUUCACUCUGCAUGGUUGACAGUUCUGCCAGCUCCCCCAAGAGAAAAGGAGAUCACGGCCUCCCCAGAUUACCUGGAGAUAGCCAUUUACUGCAUCGGGGUCUUCUUAAUCGCCUGCAUGGUGGUGACGGUCAUCUUGUGCCGCAUGAAGGCCACGACCAAGAAGCCGGACUUCAGCAGCCAGCCGGCUGUGCACAAGCUGACCAAGCGCAUCCCCCUGCGGAGACAGGUAACAGUGUCUGCUGAGUCCAGCUCCUCCAUGAACUCCAACACCCCUCUGGUGAGGAUAACGACGCGACUCUCCUCAACAGCAGACACCCCCAUGCUGGCUGGGGUCUCUGAGUACGAGCUGCCAGAAGACCCAAAGUGGGAGUUCCCAAGAGAUAAGCUGACGCUGGGCAAGCCCCUGGGGGAAGGUUGCUUUGGGCAAGUGGUCAUGGCCGAAGCGGUGGGAAUCGACAAAGAGAAGCCCAAGGAAGCCGUCACUGUGGCAGUGAAGAUGCUGAAAGAUGAUGCCACGGAGAAGGACCUGUCAGAUCUGGUGUCCGAGAUGGAGAUGAUGAAGAUGAUUGGAAAACACAAAAAUAUCAUCAACCUCCUUGGAGCUUGUACCCAGGAUGGGCCCCUCUACGUCAUCGUUGAGUACGCCUCCAAGGGGAACCUCCGUGAGUUCCUGCGGGCCAGGAGGCCUCCCGGCAUGGAGUACUCCUAUGACAUCAACCGCGUUCCCGAGGAGCAGAUGACCUUCAAGGACCUGGUGUCCUGCACCUACCAGCUGGCCCGAGGCAUGGAAUACCUGGCUUCCCAGAAGUGUAUUCAUCGAGACUUAGCGGCCAGAAAUGUCUUGGUGACUGAGAACAACGUGAUGAAAAUAGCAGACUUUGGGCUGGCCAGGGACAUCAACAACAUAGACUAUUACAAGAAGACCACGAACGGGCGGCUUCCGGUCAAGUGGAUGGCGCCCGAGGCCCUGUUUGACAGAGUGUACACCCACCAGAGUGAUGUCUGGUCCUUCGGGGUGUUGAUGUGGGAGAUCUUCACCUUAGGGGGCUCGCCCUACCCAGGGAUUCCCGUGGAGGAACUUUUCAAGCUACUGAAGGAAGGACACAGGAUGGACAAGCCGGCCAACUGCACCAACGAGCUGUACAUGAUGAUGAGGGACUGCUGGCACGCGGCGCCCUCCCAGAGGCCCACCUUCAAGCAGCUGGUCGAAGACUUGGAUCGGAUUCUCACUCUCACGACCAACGAGGAGUACCUGGACCUCAGUCAGCCUCUCGAGCAAUAUUCACCCAGUUACCCUGACACCAGGAGCUCUUGUUCUUCAGGAGAUGAUUCUGUUUUCUCUCCGGACCCCAUGCCUUACGAACCAUGUCUUCCUCAGUACCCACAGAUGAACGGCAGCGUCAAAACCUGAGUGGGCUGGGCCUCCUGACCCCAAAAUGGACAGCACCAGGGAGCUGGUGACUGGCGACUCUGGGCAGGGAGGCCAGGCCCCAGGGAGCUUGCUGCCUCCCCGUGUAUAUAGGAACCAGAGGAGUAAAUAAUGGGAAAGUCAUCGGCACACGUGGAGAGAAUUUAUACGGUGGGACGCUUGUCAUGGUCACUGGGGAAGGACAUUUCUGGGGCAGUGGACAGCCAUGGCUGCUCUGUGCCCGUGACCGCCGUGGGUGCUGGCUACCGGCCAGCCGGACUCGAGGAGAACCUGUGUUCUGCCUUCCUUGUGAAUUUUGUAAUAAUUGGAGAAAAUAUAUGUCAGCACACACUUACAGAGCACAAUUGCAGUAUAUAGGUGCUGGAUGUAUGUAAAUAUAUUCAAAUUAUGUAUAAAUAUAUAUUAUAUAUUUACAAGGAAUU